UCAGCGUGACACUUGUAAGAACAGUGAUACAAACAAAGUAGUAUUUUGUAUAAUUUUUGCUCCGUAUAUUUUUGCAUAAAAUGGGUUCUCCUGAUUCACCAAGCGGCGAAAAUAAUAUUUCUCGACCGGUAGCAAACCAAUUACCAAUGCACGGUGGAAAUACAACAGCCAGCGAUGACAGUGACAUGGAAAUUAUUGACGCUGGAUAUGUUGGAUAUCAGCCACUUUCUUUGGACGAAGAGACAAUGGAAUACAGAAGUGAAGACAAUAACGUCAACGACCAAGAGAACGACGACGACGAAGAUGAUCAUUUUGAUUAUUCGGCAUUCAAUGCACCAACGCAAGCCCCUGAAACGAACAUUGUUGUUCCAUCAAUAAAUGCUGAAAUUGAACGUGAAGUGUGGAAUGCACCAAGACCAGAAUCAACAAAUAUCGUUUUAGAUUCGACAAGAACCGAACAGAUAAUGUCAGCAAUGGCCAAUUUUCAAAUUCCAACAUCAAACAUUCCGACCUGGGCACAAGGUGAUUUAGACGAAAAAUGGAAAGACGAUUUAUUGCAGAAAAUUCGGGAACGACAAAAUCGAAAUAACUAGGAUAAUUGAUCUGUUUAAGUAUGCUGAAAUAUUCAUAUAAGAUUCAAAAUAUGCUUGGAUAUAUUGGAAUGUAAUUCAUUUUUAAAACACAAUUUUAAAUUGUGUUCAAAAAUUCUAUUAUUAAAUGCUCCCAAUGAA